UCUUCGAUGCGGAGGUGUGAGUGAGCCCUAGAGAGAAGAGAGAAGAGAGGAGAGAGGAGAGAGAUGGCAUCAGGUUGGGGGAUUACAGGGAGCAAAGGGAGGUGCUAUGAUUUCUGGACUGAUUUCAGCGAAUGUAUGUCUCGUUGCAGAGAGCCCAAGGACUGCUCUCUUCUCCGCGAAGACUAUCUCGAGUGCCUUCACCAUUCCAAAGAGUUCCAACGAAGAAACCGAAUAUAUAAAGAGGAGCAGCGUCAAAUAAGAGCAGCUGCACGCAAGGCCAAAGGGGAAGGUGAAGAUGGUGUUCAGAACAGUCAUCAUUAGUGUCCAGACAUGAGCAUUAGUUUCUGGACUUCUUUUGAAUAAUGAUUUGACUUUCCCAGUUUCAUUUUGAUGGAAAUCUGGUAUGGAAGAAUUUUAAAUUCUGAAUCAUCAUUGUGUUGCUUUUAAAAUGAGUGGAUAUUUGCAGUCUGCACAAAUUGGCAGGGAGGGCCAGUGUGUACUCUGUGGAAAUCAAUGCUCAGCGUGUUAAUUAAACCUUUAUUUUACUUUCUUCACUGAUUCCUGUUACUAUUGAUUGCCAAUGCUGCAUUCUUCUAGACAAAUUUAGGGAAAUAAUUGGCAGUUUUGCUUUACAUUGUGUCAUCCAGGAUUGAUUACUAAUCUCAACCAGAGAGUGAUUGCCAUGA